CCGUCGCAGACCCUCAACAACACAAUGCCACGCAAUCGGCGACGGAGUGUGAAUGUGCGCGCGACCCAUCUCAGUGAAGUUGACUCAAGUUUGACGCGCCGGUUGCGUGCAGACGAAAAGACAACAGCUCCAAAGGCGCUAUCAACUAUGCAGGAUAUUUCUGGACCGAAUUCACCGCUUUAGGCGUGAUAAGACGCCCGGCGCCUCCGCUCGCAUGUGUGACCAUGACGGGAAGCAUAUUAUACUCAGCCUGCAUUUAGUCCGAGUGUUCUUCAAUCAUCCGAGGAGUUGAAUACGUUUUUGGAUCAGGACAUAACCCGUGUACGUCCAUGAGCGUUUUCGUGCGCGCGCCACGCGUCAACAAGUGGAUGGAAACUUUGUCUUGAUAUGCUUGGAGCGAGUAGUUCUCGGUAACUGUGAAGUGUGGCGAUUGGGGCAGUUAAAUCGUCUAUUUUUUUUUUCUGAGUUUAUUGUCGGCAUGAGUGAGCCAGUAGCUUUCCACAUGUGUAUGGCGCUUUUAUUUUUCCUGAGCGCAGGAGCAGCGGUGAGAGCUCAUGUUUCCAUGGUCAAUGUCAUAAGGGGAAACAUCAGAAGAGAUGAUGUGUACCGAAAGGAGGACAACAUCACGGUUACACCACCAGGGGGAGUCAUCCAUAGCCCACGUUUCCCCAACUCGUAUCCACGCAAUCUGCUGUUGUCAUGGACGCUGGUGUCGCCACCGGGAAGUCGGAUACACCUGGAGUUUGACGGUCACUUUGGCCUGGAGGAGGCGGAGAACAAUGUUUGCAGGUAUGACUUUGUUGAGGUGGAGGACCAAUCACAGACCAGCACUAUCAUUUGGGGUCGUUGGUGUGGACAGAAAGCACCGCCUAGUCUCAACUCCAAAUCUAACAUCCUCAAAAUAACCUUCAAAUCUGAUGAUUACUUUGUUGCAAAGCCGGGAUUUAAAGUCUACUAUUCAUUUCUGGCUGGCACUCCUCUGCCUGCAUCCCAAACCAACUGGGAGGCCGUCACUAUGUCGGAUAGCAGUCCUGUGGGGCCGGUAGCAGUCACAGAGGUUCCUCUCUCAUUAGAUGACCUGGAUCGAACCAUUGCUGCCUUUGACACUGUGGAACAGCUUUUGAGAUCGCUGAACCCAGACACUUGGAAACAGGACCUGGACAGCAUUUACACACAAACACACAUUCAUUAUAGAUCCAGGGCUUAUCAUCUGGCAAGCAGGCACAACAAAGUUGACCUGAAUCGCCUUCACGAUGACGUAAAGCGCUACAGCUGCACCCCUCGCAACUAUUCUGUGAACCUGCGUGAGGAGCUCAGGGCCACCAACGCCGUCUUCUUCCCCCAGUGCUUGCUGGUCAUGCGCUGUGGCGGCAACUGUGGAUGUGGCACUAAUAAUUGGAACAACGGCUGCACGUGUCAGGCCUCGAAAACCACGCUCAAACUACACGAGGUGCUCAAGUACGCCCCAGAGACCUCUCUGUACCAGCGCCACCGCAGGAUAAGGGCGCGCUGGGUCAUCGAUGAGAUCUUCCUCACGCACCACGACAAGUGUGAAUGUGCCUGUCCCUCGCAGCCUCCUCGCUGAGACACUGACCCAAACUAUCUUGAAUUGUUGGACACCUUCUGCCAUUUUGCCAUGAACUUUUUUUAGACAACCAGAUACGCAGUAAAUGCAGAGAAGAAAUGAUUUGACGGAUGAUGCACAGUUUGUGUCAUUUCCUAACAGUAAGCACUUCAGAGGAAUAAUCAUGAAACUCAACUAAUAGUCAAACCGUACUGAACUAUGCAAAUAGGUGUGAUUGCAACAGUUUAGCGGAUCUUCAGAUGUCUUUUCUGCCGCCGGCAAGGGAAGGGCGGAGGUAUUUGAAUCCAAGCUGUCAUUCGAACUUUAAGACUAAAAAAAGCAUGUGGAAUUCCCCUCCCUGCUAAUUUCCCACAAAGCCCGUCUUUGUUUUGCACACAUUCCAGUCUGCAAGAAUUCCAGCAUCCCUUUGUCCUUCACACCCUCUGUAGCGUUCCCUCCCUUUUGUUUCCCCCUCACUGUCUCUUCGAACACACGGAGAACACUUGCACACACACACACACACACACAUCCUCUCCUAUCACUGACUGCCAAACACACGAGAGAUGUCAGCACAGGCUACUGCACUCUGCCCAGUUUUCUGAGCACCCCAGGCAUUCCACCCGCUAAGAGGGAAUUCUGCUAACACCACGCACCUCAGAUAUGAAAAACAUCACAGGCAGAGAGGAAACCAUCUGGCAGAUGUUCGCUACAGCAUUUCUUCAUAAUAUCCACUAUACUGUCGUGUAUGAACAACCGUGGGACACCCCUAUGUUUCAAAGAAUCAUUAAUACAUCAUUUUGGAUCAGGAGGAAGGCCUUUUUCUUUUCCAGCAUAACUGUGCCUCGAUGCACAAAGAAAAAUAAAUCAACACGGAUGAAUGGAUUUGGUUUGGAAGAAUCACUCUUGAGCCCCGACUUCAACCCCAUCACGCACCUUUGGAA